AAGUGGGAUGGGAAAGGCAGCUGGAGGAGAGAGACUGGGCAUGUAGCGACAUAUCCUGGGCAGAGCUGCAAUGGGGAUCACACACCCUGCAUGGGGCAGGCAGGAGACAGAGAGGGAGAUCUGAGCGAUAGGUGAUCAGAGGGAGCAUGUGGCAUCUAAUUGCUUCCACCCUUUAAAAGCCAAGGAACCAUCUUGGAGCAAGAGCAGGGUGAACUCUUUGGCCAGGCGGACCAGCCUCCUCUGGAGAAGGGAUCCUGCAUGCUGGGGCUGCGAUUAGAGGUGCUGGCAAUCCACCCAGGCAAUGCCCUCUGGGGCAGUGAAGGGCACUGUGAUUCCCCGGGGGGCUGCCAGCCAUGACACCCGAAAAGGUGCUGAAGGAGGGGCUGGUGGAGAAGCGCAGUGGGGGGCUGCUGCAGCUCUGGAAGAGAAAGCGCUGCCUCCUGACCGAGGAGGGGCUGCGGCUCUCUGAGCCCAAGGGCUCGCGCUGCAAGGAGCUGAGCUUCGCCCGCAUGAAGGCGGUGGAGUGCGUGGAGUGGAAGGAGCGGCACGUCUACUUCACGGUGGUGAUGGAGGACGGGGGCGAGAUUGACUUCCGCUGCCCCCAGGAGGACCCGGGCUGGAACGCGGAGAUCACCAUGGGCCUCGUCCGCUUCAAGAACCAGCAGGCCAUCCAGAUGGUCCGGGCCAGACACAACUGCAGAGCAGCAUUCCAGUAUGACACAGGCCCAGACUGCCAUGCCACGGACGUGGAGGGACCAAACAGCAGUACAGGGAUGGCUGUCAGUUCCCCAGCCAACAAGGAGAAUGGGAUCUCUGGCUGCAAGUGACAGCAGGGUCUGGCUGAUACUGUUGUGCAUAGAGAGGGACAGUGGCAUUUUAGGGCUGAAGGCCCAAGGAGCCCGGAGCACACGUGCCACAGCACUGGCCCCUGGGACCAACCUCCUCCCAUGCUGUACUGCUCCAUUUUCCAAGGGCCUGGGUUAGUGGCUGAUGCACAUUCUGGACCCCUUGGCCAUGACCCCGGGAUCCAGUGAAAUACGCAGCUGCCUUUUUGCUGAGCUAAUAACAAUGGCAUUACAGCUUGGCACAGGCCUACAGGUUGACUGACCACUUGAGGGCUUGCUGGAGACACAGGAAAGGGGUCCGCUGGGGGAUCAGAGCCAAACACGACCACAAAAUCCCGAUCAGGAUUGUUCCAUCUGGCAUAAGGCUAGUAUGGAUUCACUGGGGCUGAGGGCUGGGUUGGGAACCUGUCCCCCAGCCCAGCGCUGCUGUCGUUGCACUUGGCUCACAGGCCCUGGUGUCAGACUUUCGCUCAUGUCGGGAUGUGUCAUCUUCAUUGAUAACAGUUCGGGACAGUGCCCAUACAGGUGCCUUUCCUCUGCAAAAGACAGCAUCCCACUCCCUGCACUCUGUACUGCAGCCCAUUUCUCACUGUGCAGCCCUUCCUGCUGCACAGCGCUUUGCUUUGUCAUUUUGUGCAAGCCUGUGCUGAACAAAACAGAGAAGUAAAGUUUCUGCAGAGAGGACAGGCAAGCUUGGUGUGGUGAGAUGCUGUGACAUCCUCCCAUGCACCCAGCUCUGCUUGUGCCCCUCAGACUCAACCUACAGCCCCUUUAUGUCCUGCAUCCCGGUUCCCCAUAUGUCCUGCUCUGCUGAUGCCCUCCAGCUAUGUCAGGAAGGUCCAUCCAAGCCUACUGCAUUAGUGUGGUUAAAGUCCACCAGCUUUUCAGUCAAUGGCACGCAGGAGAGUGAUGUGACUGGCAGUAUGUCCAGCUGUCUUUGCCUCCCCAACCUGAGUGACCAGGUGCCCAUGAACAGCUGGACUGGCCUGGGGAGGCUUUUGGCAUGAGACUCUUGGAGAAUGUCCGACUGAAAGAGACUUCUGGGACAUGGGACCAAAAGGCCAUCUAAGGAGAGCUUUUGGAGUGACAUUUGCCUCUAAGAAGGAAAGGACCUGACUGAGGGCUCAGCAACCACUCGGUAACUCUCCCUGCAAAGGUUUCAGGAAGCAGGGCAACUGGUCCAUGCAUUCCUAUUCCUUGGACUCCUCUGCCUCUUGAGGAGCCACCUGGAAGCAUGCACAGAUUCUGCAGGAACUAGGACUAUAGUCAGCAUCUUAACCGUACACCUCCCAUGCAUGCAGGAGCAGUUCUGAACUUGGCAUGGACAGAUACGUUCAUACGGACCAGGCCAUGGAAGAUGCUUAUGAGACGGCAGGGAUUGAAGCCUGCACCCAGCCCUGGCUGCAAGUCCAUCAGGUGAUGCUGGAUGUUCUGCACUCUCUUGUCUGACAGCUGGGAAGUUGUGGCAGCCUCCCCUCCUCCAGCUUCCCUGCUCUUUGUCUGUAAGCCUGGGGUUGCGGGGCGAAGGCUUCAGAGACUCUUGCUUUUCUUUUCUUUUUUAACGCAAUAAAGUAAUCAAUGAAAGUGGAAAUCAA